GUAUUGAUAAGCAUUCUCUUUCCUUGUUUUCUCUACGUUGUAUAAUUGAUAUUCGGAAUGUAUAAAAGUCGGUUUCUGGAAGGAAAGUUUAGAGUUAGUACUCGAGAUUUUUGCACUUUUAUUACUCCAGAUACUGGAAGGAAUUCAAUUAGAUACAUACCAAAUAGAGUUUUGAACUCCAACCAUUACCCUAUCAUCAGCAAUCAAAAAUCACACUUCAGCAUGACUCCAACCACAAGAAGCAAUGCCUCCAAAACCUCAAUAUCCCGUCCCCCUUCAACCUCCACAAAUGAAGACUCCUCGCCAGAUCCUCAAUCCCACCCCCAAAAACCAACCAUAGCAAUCAUCGGCACCGGCUGGGCUGGCUGGACACUCGCUCAAGAACUCUCCGCCACCACCUCCUCCACAUCUCCCUACAACAUAAUUGCCAUUUCGCCCUCUCGAACAAUGGCUCUCACUCCCCUCCUCGCCUCAGCCGCUUGUUCCAUUUUCGAUUUCCGUCUUGCCGAGGAACCCGUUCGUCGGCGCGAUUCCAAGUUCGAAAAAUACCAAGCGCUAGUCACCUCUGUCGAUUUCAAAUCGCAAACAAUCAAAUGUAAAGCGUGUAUUGGAGGGAGUGGCGUGAGUGGCGAAUCAAUGGAUUCUCCAACUUAUAAUGAUAUCAAAGAAGAUGAAGCGCAUUUCGAUGUGAGAUAUGAUAAAUUGAUCCUAGCUCCCGGAUGCGAAACAAAUACAUUCGGAACACCGGGAGUAAAAGAAUUUGCAUUAUUCAUGAAAACAGUACCGGAUGCAAGGAGAUUGAGAGAAGGAAUUUUGGAUUGCUUAGAACGAGCUUCUUUGCCCACUAUAUCCGAGCAAGAAAAAAGGGACAUGUUACAUUUUGCCAUUGUCGGAGGCGGACCCACUGGUAUCGAAUUAGCAGCCGAAAUCGAUGAGCUGAUCCAGGAACAUCUUGGGGCCGUAUAUCCGCGCUUGAAGGGAUUAUGUACGAUUAGCAUCUACGACGUUGCCGACCGACUACUCGGACAAUUCGACGAGAAACUCAGCCAAUACGCGAUGGAAAAAUUCCAAAACAGAGGAUGCGUCAAAGUGAAAACGGGCAAGCACAUCGAGGAGAUAAAACGACACAGCAUGACCAUCAAAGAAGAAGGCGAGGUGCCAUUCGGCGUCGUAGUAUGGGCUGUGGGCAACACAGCGGGAAAACUAGUCGAGGAUCUGCAGUGCAGAAAAAGUAAAGGACUACAGAGAAUCCUCACAGAUAAAUGGUUGAGAGUGCUUGCGCCCGAUUCCGACGGCGUCGAAGGCGCAGGCGCAGAUAUAAUUGAGAAUGUGUAUGCGUUGGGAGACGCAGCAGAAAUCCUCAAAAACGAAUUGCCCACCACGGCCGAAGUAGCCGUGCAAAAAGCCAAGUGGCUAACCCAACAUCUCUUAUCGAAUUCAGAGCAAGACCUCGGAAAACCGUUUACGUAUGAACAGAAAGAUUUAGUAGCGUAUAUAGGACGAGGCGAUGGCGUGAUCCAGGGGAAGAAAGACUGGACGGGAGCGUCGGCUUGGUUGGCGUGGAGGAGUGGGAGUAUUGCGUGGACGAGGGGGUGGAGGAGGAAGGUGAUGGUGGUGGUCAAUUGGGUUGCGAAUUGGGUUGAUGGGAGGGAGAUUGCUAGACGGUAGGAUCUGAUGAUGGAUCUCUGAAACUGGAGUGAUGUAAUAUAUAAUAUCCCUGCAAAAAUAACAUUACUUGAAUAUUCAAUCCCCCUCCCUCUUCUACCUCA